AUGGAUCUCCUGUCACUGAAGCGGUGUAGUGUGCGCGGCCUGCUUGCCGAAAUCGACUUCAAGCAUGAGAAGAAGAGCCGCAACUCGGGGUUAUCGAUCGCGGAACGGCGGAAUCGCUAUCUUCGCGACGUGGAGCGCCAGCGAGCGGAAGGCCGAAAGAUCUUCCUGGACGAGACAUGGGUGGCGGCGGGAUACACUCGGUCGAUCGUGUGGACAGACACUGUGGUGCGGAAGUGGGGACGCUUGUUCACUCCAGCAAAUGGCCUGUCGGCGGGUCUGAAACAACCUUCUGGAAAAGGCCAACACUUGAUUGGGACGCACUUCGGCAGCGAGGAUGGCUUCGUCGACGGCUGCUUGGAUGUAUUCCGAGGCCAAAAAACAGGCGACUACCAUGAAGACAUGGACGGCAAUCGCUUCGAGGGAUUGUUUAAUGCCGUUCUGCAGAAGUUGCCUGCUGAGGUGAAAAAUGGCAUCGCUCUAAAUAGCAGAGACUUCAAGCUGUCGGUGGUCGAAUACAUCUUGAGGGAGAAAAUCAACAACAUAACGUUGGAAGAAUGUAGAAAGAACAUUCAGCACGUGAUGGACCUUGAGGCAAGGUUGAGACUUGAUACGUAUAGGAGUGACCACAUCCAACUCAUCAUCAUUCAACUGGGUGAAGAUGGCACUGAAGAAAGCGACUCUGAUUGCGAGCUGUCUGGCAUUGAGCCACUCAACGAAGCGUAA